CCCCUCCGCUGCUCAGCUCAGUCGACUGUGCACAAAACCCGGUCCUCCUGCUCCUGCUGCUCAUAUUCCGCAGCCAGAAAUCCACUCCAACCCACAUCACACCGCAUCCCAUACGAGAGAAACCAACCCAUAGAAGCCAAAAUUGAUUUCCCCUCCCUCCUCGAGCAGCAGCAGCAGCCCCGGCGGUCUUCGCGCGCCAGCACCACCAGCAGCAGCAGCACCACCACUACCACCAACUGCGCCACCACCACCAGCAUCAACAGCAGCACAGCCCCCGCAAUGUCAGACAAGCACAUGCUCGACAUCGCGCACGCGGCCGAAAAGGACCUGAACAGCUACGACGCCAAAGUCGGCCACCCUCGACGCAACAAGAGCGAUUCCACCAACGAAUCCGGCGUGGACAAAGGCGUAGAGAACAAGUUCUCGGGCGCGCACGUGACGUACGGGGCCGCAAGCACGGGCCGCGUCAUCCCCGCGCAGGAGGGCGGCGAUCAGAUCGGGAAGGGAGGGGGCAGGCCGACCGUAGAUAGGGACUUUGAAGGCCCUGGCGGGCCGGAGGAUAAGGCUGAAUUGGCGAGGAGGGAGAGGCCCGGGGAUGAUAGGGUUGAGUAGGUAGCUGGCGUGGGGU